AUGGCAAUAGCUAGAAAUGAUCACCGCGUUAAAGGCGUGAGCUUUUGCAAGCCAGGAAGACGCUUUCCAGUAGUUGAGAAGAAAGAACGCCUCUGGUGUAGUCAAAACAAUAGUAGAAAGUAUCAGCCAUUACCUGAUGAUGGAGAGAUUUGCGCUGCUAUAGCGCAGGAAAUAGGAAUUGGUGCAGACCUCAAUGUGUACAGCGAAAGUCGUGAUAGCUGUAACAAAGUAAGCCAAAAACCUGUGUACGAAAUUGACGGAAAAAUUUGGCCUAUGGUUAUUUAUGAAAAGACUCAUUCGAAACUUACGGAAAUAAAUGAAUUCCUGACAGCUGGUGUUCCUUUUGGUACUCCUGUGGAUUUAAAUCCUUCAACAGCUAAGCUUCAAGCUAAGUUUACAACCUCAAUCAAUCCUCAAAAAAAGUAUAAUAGAGCAGGAAUUUCAGAUGUAUGGGACUUAUACGGAUCUGUCAUGUGUAAGGUGGAUUUCGAAGGAAAACCAGAUAUCACCGCUACUCUCUUUGUUUCGCCUAAAAGCCCUGCUUUAAUUGGGGUUCAGAUGCAUCCUUGUGUCUACGUGGACGAGUCUGAUGAAAGCACAAAAGGUAGCUUUCUACGGCGAAAAAUUCGCUUCUCGCCGCCAACAGAGCUAUUCAAUCUAUGCAACUAUAUAUCACCAAUGCCUUCACUACCAAUCAAAGGAAUUUAUGAAAUGAAGGGAGACCAAGUUGUAAAAGUGUCCCUUAACCUUCAACUUGAUGGGAGUGUUACCAAUUCGUUUGAAUAUUGCGAAGUUUACAUUCCAAUAUUUAACAGGGGUCCCAUUUUAAAAAUUGAAGUCUCUGCGGGGACUUCUAAUGUAGGUCCUGUAGCGCUUGCUCAAGAUAAAAAAAGAAUAAUUUGGAAUAUUGGUACAAAAUUUCCGCGUAAUUUAGAAGCUACUUUGAACGCUGUUGUAUUGUUUGGUAAUAAAAUAACUGAUAAAGUGCAUGUUGAUGAUGAAUUCUGUAUCGGAAAAAAUGCCUAUGCACAGAUUCGCUUUAAGAUAAACAGUUUUACUUUUAGCAGUUGUCAGCUGGAUCCUCAUUCUGUUAAUACGUCUCCGAACGCUCAUUACAAAUCAAAUUAUGUUACCGAAUUUGCGGCAUCGCAGUAUCGAAUAUGGAAUUCGUUUGGUGAUGCACCGAUUGCAUUGACUCAGAAUCUGCAGAACGAGGUCUCUGAGAAGAAAUUAAGUCAGCAAUAUUAA